UCGGCGGGCCCAGGGCCGGGGCAGCGCCGUGGAAUGGAGGCGGCCGCUGCUGGGGCGCCGCCGGCCGGUGCUGCUGGCGCUGCGGCUGCCACUGCGCUCGGGGCUGAGGCGCCGCCCGGAGCCGAGACACCAUCCGGGGCCGCCGCCGCCUCUCCGCGCCGGCUGCUGGCGCUGCUCGGGGCCAAGCUCUGUACCUGGCAUAUUUUGAAAACAAUCAUUCUGGGACAGAUACUCUCCUUGUUUAUCUGUGGGACUGCUGUUACAAGCCAGUACCUAGCAGAAAAAUACCAAGUGAAUACUCCAAUGUUUCAAAGUUUCAUCAACUAUUCUUUGCUGCUUCUAGUUUAUACAACAAUGCUGGCAUUUAGGACUGGCAGUGACAGUCUUUGGCAAAUUUUGAAACAGAGGUGGUGGAAGUAUAUUUUUUUGGGACUUGCUGAUGUUGAAGCCAACUAUAUGAUAGUAAAAGCCUACCAAUACACAACCCUCACAAGUGUGCAGCUGCUGGACUGUUUUGGGAUUCCUGUGCUGAUGGCUUUGUCGUGGUUCAUUCUCCGUGCAAGAUACAGGCUGAUCCAUUUCCUUGCUGUUGCCAUCUGUUUGCUGGGUGUAGGAACAAUGGUGGGUGCAGACAUUUUGGCAGGGAGGCAGGACAGUGAAGGUAGUGACGUGGUGAUUGGAGAUGUCUUAGUGCUUCUUGGUGCUUCUUUGUAUGCCAUUUCUAAUGUGAGUGAGGAAUACAUUGUGAAAAAUCUGAGCAGAGUGGAGUUUCUAGGAAUGGUGGGCUUGUUUGGGACUAUUAUCAGCGGUCUACAGCUAGCCAUUGUGGAACAUAGAGAGAUAAUGAGGAUUCCAUGGAACUGGAAAAUUGUGCUGCUGUUCACAGUCUUUGCCCUGUGUAUGUUCGGGCUGUAUAGCUUCAUGCCAGUAGUGAUUAAAGUUACCAGUGCAACCUCGGUCAACCUGGGUAUUCUGACUGCGGAUCUCUACAGUCUGUUCUUUGGGCUUUUCCUCUUUUUCUAUAAUUUUUCAGGUCUUUAUAUCCUGUCCUUUGUGAUCAUCAUGGUGGGUUUCAUCCUGUAUUGCUCCACCCCCACCCAGACAGCAGAACCCACUGCCUUGCCGCAGCCCAGCAGCGCUGGCUUGGACAACGCAGCGCUAAAGCUUGAGGAGAACGACAGCGAAACUCCAGGCAUAACCGUACAGUUCACAAGAGGAGAAACUGUGGUGGUCAGCUCUGAUUAAAGAGAUGUCAGCAUUUCAAAAUACAGCUUUUUUUUUUUUUUUCUCUUACUGCCAAAUUUCCCUCAAAUAUUGAUCUUGAGAGUUGUUCUACUGCCAAGGCAUAUGUCGUGCUGCGCUGGUUUUAAUGCACUGGGUAGACUUUAAGGCCAGAUCCUCAGUCAGUGAAACUGUAUUGAUUUACCCUUGCAGAAAGUCUGGCCCCUUGAAGACAGAGUAGUAUUUAUGUUGAGUCUCUGGAAAGUGAGGCUGUUAUUUUUAAAUGCUUAAUUAACUUAAUAGCAAAUGCUUGGAGGAAGAACUAAGCCAAAGCAAGCUCCCAGGCCGCUAAAGGGAGCACAUAUGUUUUGUAUUGCACUGGGGACCUAAAUCUGCAGGUGAUACUUGAGGGCUUCACGGUUCCCAUACCUCAGUGCCUGGUACCCUCAAACAGCAUCUUACAAAAGCCACUCAGCUUCUCAUAGGAUCCAGUUCUGCAAGCCAUAUUACAUACCUACACCUUCUACAUGCUGUUGGACUUCAUUCCUCCACUGGAGGGAUUUGCUGCUUACAUUCCACCCCAAUGUUCAUCUCUUCAUGUUGCUGCACUCCCUGUUGCAGCUGGGGCUGCUAGGGCUCCUACAAGUAUCUUAUUUUGAAUUUUGCUAGUCUGGGAAGUUUGAAUAUGUGUUUUUUAUAAUCUCUUUUGUUUGGUUUUUUUUUCCUCUCAGUGGUCUGGUGCAUUCCCACUAAGUGGAGGAGGCAAACACAGGCCCUUGCUCUGUUCAGUUAGAACCGAAUGGGGUUUUUUUUUGCUUUUUCUAAGGGACAGCA